AUGGGUUCCCGUGUUUAUGUUGGCCAUCUACCUUAUGAGGCUCGUGAAAGAGAUGUGGAGCGAUUCUUCGAAGGCUACGGCAGAAUCCGAGACAUUCUGAUGAAGCGUGGAUAUUGUUUCGUCGAGUUCUCGGAUCCAAGAGACGCAGAUGAUGCUGUUUACGAUCUUCAUGGCCGUUCUAUGAUGGGAAUGAGGUAGGUGCUGUUUUUAUUGAUUUUUUAUAAAUUUAGGUAUUUAUGGGAGCUUUUUUGCUGCUAGGGGUUUAUGAAUGGAAGUUUUUGGAUAACGUUUUUUGAAUUUUUUAGAUUUGUUGAUUUUUACUUACAUUACUUUUUCAAAAGAUUUUUUAUUAUAACUUAUAUAGGAAAACGCAUGAGAUUUUGGGUGUAGUUAAGUCGUUUAUUUUUACAUGUGAUAAGCAUACAAAAAUUUACAAUGUUUGUUAUUUUUAAACUUUUUUUUUCUGUUAUGCAUUUUAAUAUGAAUUUUAGAGUUGUGGUGGAAGUCGCCAAAGGCCGUCCACGUGGUCGUGGAGGAAGACAUCGUUCUUUGUCACGUUCACCACGUAGGUCGUCACGCCGUGAAAGAUCAAGAACCCGCUCUCGAUCACCAAGACGUUCCCGAUCGCCCAGACGUCGGUCCGAUUCCAGAUCAGUUUCUAGAAGUCCGAAGAGAGAAAAGAAGGCUUCCAGAUCACUGAGCCGCACUCCAGCCAAAGACAGUCCUCGUAGUUCCAGAUCUCGCUCUCCUUCUGUGAAAAAGUCUAAAUCGGCAAGCCGUUCUAGAUCCCCAACUCCAACCAACGGAAAGGAUCGUUCAGCUUCGCGUUCUGCAUCUCCUAAGCGUGAUCGUUCUGUUUCAGGCUCUCCACGUUCGGAACGGUCUGCUUCACGUUCUCCAUCUCGUUAAAGUGUUGUAAGUUUUUGUGUUUAACAUUAAUAAACAGCUUUGCACUCAAUUUAUUUUUUUUUAAAUUUGUUUGUAUCUCUCUUAGAACUUGAAUAUAGUCUUUUUUUUAACUGUUGCCUAAAUAUUUGUUCUCUUAAUUGUUUUGAUUUUAUAAACGAUUUUUAGAAGGUUGUUCAUGCUGUUCUCAAUUCGGUGGGCCAUUACAAACUGA